AUCACGAGGUCCAUCACAAGGAAGUCCCGGGGAUCUGAGUAAAAUCAAAGCAAAACUACUUGAUCUGCGAUUUUAAUUGUUUUUACUCGUGUAUUCUGUUGUAAUAAUAAUAAUUUUGGAUACAAAUAAUUACAAAAUGUCGUCCGAAGAGUUUGAGAAGCUACACGAAAUGUACAGAUCUUUGUACGACGAGCUAAAGCUGCUACCAGAGAGAGCUCUCAAAUGUCAAGGAGAGGAGAGGAAGAGGCUGACCAGAGUUUUUGAUGAGAGGCAAGGGGAGGCUGAAGAAGUGUUACAAGGCAUGGAGGAUGAGCUGCGUGGGGCCCCUCCAUCAUUUCGAAAUGCCAUGAACACAAAGUUGCGUAUUUAUCGGCGAGAUCUGGCCAAACUACAGCGUGAAAUGAAGAACAACUCCUCCCACCUGAUGUCAGAAGGAAGCAACUAUAGCAUCUACUCAUCACAAAACCAGCACAGUACACACUUACAAUCCCAGAGAGCAUUGCUCCUGCAGGGAACUGAGUCUCUAAACAAUGCCACUCAGAGCAUCGAACGCAGCCAACGCAUCGCCGUGGAAACAGAGCAGAUUGGCACUGAUAUCAUCGAGGAGCUGGGAGAGCAGAGGGAACAGUUGGACCGAACAAGGGACAGACUUGUGAACACAGGUGAAAACCUUACUCGAAGUAGAAAAAUUCUGCGUAACAUGGCACGACGGCUUGUGACAAACAAGUUGUUAUUGGGCAUUAUUAUUCUGAUGGAGCUGGCUAUUUUGGGAGCUGUUGUAUACCUCAGGUUUUUCAGAAAAUAGGGCUUGCUCGGCAGUAAAGAUGGACCUUGAGUCUUCCCUGUCUCUGCAGUAGCAAUAAUCCUGUUUUAUUUCCUGCAUGAGGACAGUGAAGUAGUUUUGGAUUGUUGAAGAAUCUUCCAGACAAAAGAAAAGACUGGUGAAGCAUGAAACUAUCCAAAACUGGAAUCUUAAAUGCACACUGUUUAUGAUGGAAGAAUUUUCGGGACAUUUUUUAGUUUUGAAGAGCUCACUGAUUUUAUUUUCUCUCUUCUUCUCACAGUAGAUGCUGCAGUGCAGGUGUCAAAUUAGUUUUCCUUUUUUCAAUUACCCAACACUAUUGUACUGUGGUAUCAUGAAUGAAUGAUGAUGUAAUGCCACAAACACUGGGUCUGUUUUUGAAGCGUACUUUUAGAUGAAUGUUAAAACAAAACAAAUGUCAGAAAUGUGACUGUGAAUAACCAAUGGAAGCUAAUAAUACAACUAUAGUUUUCUUCUACAUAUAUGACAUUAUGACGAGGCAACUAUGAGUGUGUGGUAACUAAUAAACUAUUGCACCAGCUUUUAAUAAUUUAACCUAGGAAAAUUUAACCUCACUAUAGAAAACAUAGCUUUUUAUCGCAACAAAUUCAACUUGAAGAUGCACAAUGCAACUUUUUGCCAUCUGCUUGUUUCCAUGGAGAUGUUUCUUAGCCUGGCAUAUUCCACCGUAUGGCAUUACACUUGCAUUUAUUCAAUUGCUUAAAAAAUGUCUCACAAAACUCUGCACUAAUUCUGAAUAGGUGCACCUCUCCACAGAUCUUACCUGUAACUUGCUCUGGUGUUGUCACAAGCUUGUCUCAAUGGAGGUAAAUACUUUUCAUGUCAUACUGUGGAACAUGUCAGACAAAGCAACAACAUCUCCAUGGUGACAAGCCUGUGGCAAAUCCACCAUCAGAAAAAUUACACAAUGCACUUUUUAAUAUGAGUUCUGAUUGUUGUGUAUGGGGCUGCAUUUUGCACAGGUGGUCAUAUUAUUAUAUCGGACCAGUGAAUUUAUCUACUGUUAAAUCCAUAAACCAUUUUACAGUCUACUUUGCCUUUAUCCAAUGAUUCAGUCUUAAUUAGGUAACUCCAGUAUUCUUGGUGUGUGUGUAUACAUUUAGAAAGAGGCCCCAAAAGCCAAACAGACCAAAGUUGACAAAAACAUCCUGAGUGAAGGUGACGACAGAGCGGGCAGUGGUCCAGCCUAGGUUAGUGCUGGGCAAACAACAUCUGUUACUACGGAGUUAAUUCUUAAAUAAAAGCCAAUAAAUCUGUUUUCAGUGCAGCUUUCUUGAAGUGCCACAUCUGCCACUGUUUUCAUGCUAUAGAGAAAACAUGCUUUCUUGGCCUGAUGCUGGUUAGUGAUGGGCGACACCUGUGAGUCGAUACCAAGUAAUUACCUGGCAAAUAUCGAUCCAUUACCAAUGAGUUUCGUAUUAAAAUGCUUUGAAAUUCUUCUCUAAAUUAUUCUACCUUGAUGUUAUUAUCUUUCUCCAUCCCUGCUCAAACUGAUUAAAAAUCUAAAUAUAUGUGCAGAUUAACUAAAUUAUUAACCGUGUAUUUUAAAAUUUGACUUUUCUUUUUAAAGGUAUCAAUGUUUUUGCAUAAGAAUUGAUACUUAUCAAUCCGUCAGUAGGUCAAUAUUUUGUAUCACUACUGGAUACAAAAACAGUGCUGAUACUGUAGGGAGGUGCAGUCCUAAAAUGGUAUGACUUUGAAUUGGUUUGUUAUUGUUAUGAAGACAAAGAUGAAGACUGAUAAAAUAUUAUAGCAUUUAUGGAAGACCAAAAUAGAAACAGUAGUCACAAGAGGUAUUAAUGCAGUGGCUACAUUAUUUUUAAAACAUUAAAUUAAAAUAACAAAAUAAAACACAGCUGUUCAAUCAAAAUUAACUAUCAAUUAAUAUUGUUCAUCUGUUUUACUAUAUGCUAUUGAUAAAAUACAAAAGUAAACCCUAAAGAAAUACCACAGCUGGUCCAAAAGUGCAACACAUUUCAAUAUCAUUAUUUCUAACUGGCACAGCCACAAAUGAGCCCAUGACGUCUGACGCAGGCGCUUUCCCUUGAAAUGAACACAGAAUAAAGAU